AUGCAUCAAUAUACUGUUCUUCUCGCUCUUGGCUUCCUCAGGACAGUCGCGGCUGCAUCGAACGCUGCGGGCUCAUCCACCCAGCCCCACGCCCGCGCGUGGGAUGAAGAUCUCCACGAGCGGGAAUCUACCAACACUUAUGCUCGUAGCUUAAGAGCCCGAAUUAACGAGGGAGAAGAGCCUCGGCUGAAGGCUCGUGGACGAAAGCCCUUCGAUGGCGAGAAGGUUUUGCGCAACAAGGCCAAGAUCAAGCUUAGCAUCCCUCGCAAGAAGGCCAGCUCCUCUAAGAAGGCGAAGAGCCAGUGA